CGCAUUUUGCCCCCGUGUUCAGUACCGCACGUACGAGCUUCGCUCAUUCCCCGUUGCAUUGCAAUGCGCCCCACAUCCCUUCUGUUGCCAUUUUGGCUCGUGCCCGAUUGUCUCAGAUCAACAUCAAUCAAGCAUUUCAGUACAUACCCAAACACUCCUUACAACCCGCGUACAUCAUAUUGUGACCGAGUUGUGACCCAUUCGUUUCCCAGAUGGCACGUUAUCUUACCAUCGCCAGCCUGGUCGGGGCCCGCGGUGCAGCUGGGCUGGCAUCCGCAGGCGGCUUUGAUCAUAUUCAGACUUCGAAUACGACUCCUACCAUGUCGAGGGAUGCAUUCGGGAGGGAGUUCUUCACGAUUGCAGGCGUGCCUAUAUUCCCCAGUACGCUGUACGGCCGCCGUUCCGUCGAUGGUAAACGUGAGUCGAGUGAAGAAAAGGUGUGGAUGUUCGGGCUGAAACACGGUGCUACGGAGGCGGAGUUGAACAGUCUUGUCGGAGAGCUCCAUCCGACGGCGUCCAAGACAAAUCCAGACCGUGGCGAGUUGCCAUUCGCGGAGGGGCACCUGACCGAAGUGGAACUCGAGGAAGUGGUCAAGAAGAUCCAGGUGCUCUACCCUGGACUUGUGGAGGUAGUCGAAGAGGACAGAUAUGCGACAAAGGUCCCCGAGAAGCUCGACGAGGCGGGAGGCGUCUCCUCGGCUUCGGGCUACCCGUGGGGCAUCCAGGACAUCAAUGCGGACGUGCUUCGCGGGCGCGGCGCUGGCGUGAACGUGUACGUGCUGGACACCGGCAUCCGCACGACCCACGUGCUGUUCGGCGGCCGGGCCUUCGCCGGAGUGGACGUCACCACGGGGUCCGUGACCGUGUGCACGCCAAGCAGCACAACGUGCGCUGCGGACGGCCAGGGACACGGCACGCACUGCGCGGGCACGGUGGGUGCCGCGACGUAUGGCGUCGCGGAUGGCGCGAAGCUCUGGGGAGUGAAGAUCCUCGACGACAAUGGCAGCGGCUAUGUCUCCUGGUCCAUCUUAGCCGAGCAGUGGGUUUUGUCGUCUGGUUUAAGGCCAGCGGUGGUCAGCAUGAGCAUCGGAGGCGCUGGCAAUAGCCAAAACGAGAAGGCCUCCAUCGACGCAUUGGUGAACUCUGGCGUGACCGUUGUGGUGGCCGCAGGGAACCAAAACUCAGACGCGUGCAAUUACAAUCCAGCUUGGAUCCCCUCUGCGAUCACUGUUGCAGCUUAUGCGCAGGGAGGGGCCAAGUGGAGUCUGAGCAAUUUCGGUUCUUGCGUCGAUGUUUGGGCCCCGGGGUCGAGCAUCCAAUCGACGUACCACCUCGGCGACACCUCAUGGGCCAUCAUGUCGGGUACCUCCAUGGCCACCCCGCACGUCGCCGGACUCGCCGCCAUCAUGUACGAGGCGAAUCCAUCGGCGGGAGCCAUGUCUUCUACGCAGAGGUGGGCUCUCCUGACGGCCUCGCAGCGCACCGGUUAUGUCACAGGCAUUCCAGCGACCCCGGCCACCGUCAACUUGGUGGCCUUGGCACCGACGUCCAGUCCGACGCCCAGUCCGACGCCCAGCCUGACGCCCAGCCCGACGCCAGGCGGUGCUGCGGCAGUCGGCGAUCCCCACCUGCAAAACAUUCAUGGUGAUCGGUUCGACUUGAUGAAGGAGGGUAACCAUGUUCUGAUUAACAUCCCACGUGGCAUGAGCGCUGAAAAUGCGUUUCUUCGUGUCCAGGCCUAUGCAACCCGAUUGGGAGGGCAUUGCGCGGAUAUGUAUUUCCAACGCGUGAAUGCGACAGGGACCUGGGCAGAGGCGACACAACUAGGAGGGUAUCAUUACAGCGCAUCGCAACACGAAGCCAAGACUCCGGAAUGGGUUGCCAUGGGUAAGGUUGAGCUCAAGGUCGUGCACGGACGCACGCUUAGUGGCUUCCAUUAUUUGAAUGUGUACAUGAAGCAUUUGGGACAGGUGGGGUUGUCUGUCGGAGGCCUACUGGGGGAAGACGACCACUCGGAUGUGGCCUUGCGUCCAGAGGCAUGUGGCAAGCACAUGUCACUCUUGCAGACGGGGGAUCUAGAGGCCGCUGCGGCGUCAUUUGCAGUAGCAACCUCCGCGUGACCAUAAAUCCACGCGUUGGGGAAGAUGAAUAUUCAUCAAGAGUGGGCCUCCGCGGGCGAUGCGCGCGGCAGCUGCCGACUCAUCUUACCUGUUCACCCAGUUGUCCCAGCCUGGCAAUGAGUUUAAAGGUGGAUCCCGCUGGCGAGCCAGGAUGUCUUUUCGGUGGCGCGGCCAAGAGGGCACGCCAACAGGGCUUGUGCAAGCCAGGAGAGCUUUCGGCGAAACGCCGCCGGCGAGUGUGGCAACCACACUGUCCGUUCCCUCUACUAUUCUUCGCUCCUUGCCUCCCUGCCCCUUCAUCCUGCGUGUGCUGGCACAUCCUCCGCGGACUGGGGUGCGCAACAACUUCGUGACAGCGGUAGUGUUGUUGUGCAUUGCUUUGGGGACCGUCAUUCGUGACAUUUCCGUUGUGUGUUGCCCUUCUCGGAGGGCCUCUCGUUGCGCCUCGGCGUGGGCAUACUUGACCCGGUGUAAAUCGACCACGCGCGCGGUUUUGCAUAGCAAAACAGUUGGAGAAACCAAGAGUUGUGCGUGGGAGUCCGUUCGAUGGUGGUUCCUUCGCAGUCGGUUGCAACCAGUAGCAACGGAGUUGCUAGCGGUAUUGAUGCGGUCGAAC